AUGGUUACAAUUGAUAAAAGUUUCAUUAUGAAUCAUACGUGUUUGCGUAUUAAAGAUCCUAAAGUAUCAGUUCCAUUCUACGAAAAGAAUUUCGGAAUGCAAUUAGUUAGAACUCUUGAAUUUGAUGGAUUUUCUUUAUAUAUGAUGAGUUUUGAAACUCCUAAAAAGACCGGACUCAACUGGUCAGGUAGAGAAGGAAUCUUAGAGUUAUGCCAUAAUCAUGGAGCAGAAAAUGACGAUAAUUAUAAGGUCAAUAGUGGGAAUGGGGAAACUUUCAGAGGAUUUGGUCAUAUUUGUUUCUCCGUUGAUAACAUCGAAUAUGUAGAAAGCAAAUUGCUUGAUAAUGGAGCUAAGUUCCAAAAGAAGUUAUCUGAUGGAAGACAAAAAAACAUUGCUUUCGUUUUAGAUCCUGAUGGAUACUGGAUCGAAUUGAUUGAACAUGGAAGAAGCAAAGUUGAAAAUCAAACCAACCAAUCUGACUAUAAGUUCAAUCAUUCAAUGAUAAGAGUUAAAGAUCCUAAGAAAUCAUUGGAUUUCUACUGUAACAAAUUAGGGUUCAAAUUAUUAAAAACUAAACCUUUCGAGGGAGCUAAAUUCACAUUAUAUUUCCUUGGUUACGAUCAUGAGAAUAAAUUAGUUGAAAAUGAUGCUGAUCCUAAAGAACAAUCAUACUUAGAAUCAUUGAUUGAAUUGACUCAUAAUUGGGGUACUGAAGAUGAUGAAUCUUUCAGUUAUCAUAAUGGAAAUUCUACUGAGAACGGAGCAAUCCAAGGUUUUGGUCACACUUGUAUCUCAUGUGAUGACCCAGUUAAAUUCUGUAACGAAUUGACCGAAGCCUAUGGUGAUGAAUUAGAUUGGUCAGUCGAAAUUGGUAAGGCUAAUAUCUCUCCCGAUUUAGCCUUCAUCAGAGAUCCUGAUGGAUACUCAGUAGAAAUUAUUUCCACCAAGAUUUUCCAAUAA